CACCUUCAUCGACCAAACAGCCACCGUCGGCGCUCACCGGCUGGAUCUUCCAUCGUCAGAAAUAGUUCUGCGGCAACCCGGCUCGAGUCCUCGAACGCUGGACUUUGUCAUUGACAUGAUCCAAGCAGUUGCCGGCCUAACCUGAUUUUCCGUCAGCUUGAUCUCAAGUCCUUGGCGGGGCGACAGUAGCUGCUCGGAGCUUUCUUCUUGAGUCUCAUCUUUACCAUGCUCGUGCAUUGAACUCCUAAAACUCGCACACUUAAAUCGUUUCAGAACUUCCGUUAAGCCCAUCUGGUUUUUGCAGGGAAAAAAACAAAAUCCCAAUAUAACAUUCUGAGAGACAGAGACAGAGACUUGGGUUCGGCUGUCUGUACGCCGGUCAUCGUUCUCUCUCAUGAAAUCUAGCGUGACUGAACUAGCAACGAGAAUAAGCAGGGCUCUCAUUUCAGCCUCCGACCGCACCGUCCCGUCGCGCACAUGGACGGCCUCGCUCGAGCAGACUCUGCACCGUCUCAACUGCCGCGACUUGCUCACCCCUCAGCUCGUCGCCCAUGUGAUCGACCCUUUCCUGAUCUCUCACCACUCGCUCGCUCUCGGCUUCUUCAACUGGGCCUCUCAGCAACCCAACUUCGCUCACGAUCCUCUCACUUAUCGGUCCAUCCUCAAGUCUCUCUCCGCCUCCGGACGGUUCAAUGCCGUCGAAGCUCUCUUGAAGCGAGUCAGAGCCCGCAAGAUCGGCCUCGACGCUUCGGCCUACGGGCAUGCCAUCGCUUGUUUCGUCAGGAACAAGAGGACCCACGAUGGGUUUUUGGUUUUCAGUGAGAUGGGUUCGUUAAUUGGGGAUGUAGGACCUGACGUGUGUAACUUGCUUUUAGCUGCUCUAGCGUCUGAUGGGUAUAUCGAUAAUGCAAGGAAGGUGUUCGAUGAAUUGAUGCAACGAGGUGUUCGUUUGACCACUCUAGGAUUGGGCGUGUUCUUGUGGAAGUUUUGCGGUAAUGGGGAAUUGUCUGAGGUUUUGAGCGUGUUAGAUGAAGUUAGACGGCGUAAUUUAGGGAUUAACGGGUCAGUUAUUGCUGUCUUGGUAGUUCAUGGUCUUUGUCAAGCUUCAAGGGUAUCGGAGGCUCUCUGGAUGUUGGACGAGCUGAGAAGUAGAAGCUGGAAACCUGAUUUUAUGGCGUAUAGAAUUAUUGCCGAAGCAUUUCGAGAAAUGGGUGAUGUGGUGGAGAAAGAGAGAGUUUUGAAGUUGAAACGGAAGUUAGGAGUAGCUCCGAGGGCGAAUGACUAUAGAGAGUUUUUAUUUACUCUGAUUUCUGAAAGACUAACGAAGGAAGCCACAGAGUUGGGAGAAGUCAUUAUUAGUGGGGACUUCCCACUGGAGGAUGAUAUCCUCAACGCAUUGAUCGGAACAAUCUCAGCUGAUGAUCCUCAAUCAGCGAUCGCCUUCUUUAGGUUCAUGAUUAAGAAGGGAAAGUUCCCGACACUUCUGACAUUGAGCAAUUUGUGUAGAAACUUAUGCAAGCACAACCAAACUGAUGUACUGAUGCAGGUGUAUCAAGUCUUGGAUUCUGGUGGUUAUUUUGCUGAUGCGGAGAGUUACACUGUGAUGGUCUCAUUUUUAUGUAGGGCUGGAAGAGUAAGAGAAGCUUAUGGAAUCCUUCAGGUGAUGAAGAAGAAAGGGUUGGGCCCAGAUGUGUUUGGCUAUAAUUCUGUUCUGGAAGCAUGUUGCCGGGAAGAUCUUAUGCGUCCAGCUAAAAGGCUGUGGGAUGAGAUGUUUUCAAGUGGGUAUUCUGGAGAUUUAAGAACAUAUACUAUCUUGAUCAAGAAGUUCUCUGAAAUAGGGCAAGCUGAAGAGGCAAGGAGGCUGUUUUACCACAUGUUGGAGAAAGGGUUGGAACCGGAUUCCUCAAUCUACAGAUCUCUCAUAGAAGGGCUUUGUCAAGAAGCAAACUUUGAAGCUGCCUUUGAUAUUUUCGAAAAGUGUAUCGAACAGGAUCCAACUCUUGCCAUGAGUGUCCUCAGUGCAUUCGUCCUAGGUCUCUGCAGAAAAGGUGAUUUUGUUACUGCUUCAAAGUUGCUCCAACGUUUCCAUUGUGAUUCGGGCAAUUUAGACUCCCAUGUCACUUUCCUGAAAUACUUGAAUGAUGCAGACAAGGCCAGACUUGCGCUUGAACACAUGAAAUGGAUUAGGGAAAACUCUCCUCUGACGAUGAAUCGUAUUUCAUCGGAACUCGUAUUCCUGCUUUCUUCUGCGCCUGAAUCGGAACCAAUCUUGAACUGGCUUGAAAGAAUGCAAGAGAAGGAAUUGCCUGGCAGUCAAUAAUUCCUCUCCAUAGCUCCUGAUUUAUUCCAGCAUCUCAUAAGUCACAAAGUGACUGGCAAUUUUGCUCCUGAAUUUUUAAGAGUGAAAGUUGGAGUUAGUACUUUCUGCACUUUCUUUAAACUGUGCAUAUGGUACUAUAACAAUUUCUAGGGGUAGCCAAUCUGUGUUACCUUCUAGAUGGAAUAGCUCUGAGAGCAAGCAAUUGAGACAUUAGUUACAUGGUAACUGAUGCAACUUUAAAAUGCUCUCUGCUUGUUUCGCCCAUUUAAAGU